UACUCUGAACCCUGCUGAUGGUGUGGGGUCUUUUGUUGUGAUUGAAAGCAUAGGGUCCUUGCUAUACUUUGGGGCAGGCUCCCUGUCUUCUGUGGCUUUGAGCCUAGAGGCUUCCAGCCAAGCUCAAAGUCAGGAAAAGGGGGUGUGGGCUUUUGGGCUGUGCCGCUGGCAGCCAGAAUGUGGUUGGCUGUCUCCUCCCCUUCCGCACUGGUGCUCUACACACUGCACUCUGGAAUGACAGGCAUUCCUGUGUGAAGAGAGCCGGCGUGAAGACGUUUGUGAGAGCCACAAGUACCCGGUGUCCAGCAAAACAGAAACUCCAGAUCUCACGCUGUUUCCUGGCAUUUGGUGGUGAUUCGGGAUUGCUGGUCCCUAACGUGGAUUUGUCUUUUAAGAGAAGUUUGCUUUUGUCAGAAAGAGUUUGUUGUCGUGGGAUACAUCUAAGACAAUUAUAAUCAUGGGCCAAGCUGAUGUCUCCAGACCGGUAAAUCCAGAUGCAGUUGAAGAAGCAGAGCAGCCCUCUGGAGAUCCAGGCAUGGGCAUGGACAGUGUGGAAGCAGGGGACACAACACCUCCCACCAAAAGGAAAAGCAAGUUCUCAGCGUUAGGCAAGAUCUUCAAGCCGUGGAAAUGGAGGAAAAAAAAAAGCAGUGAUAAGUUCAAAGAGACAUCAGAAGUUUUAGAGCGAAAAAUAUCUAUGCGAAAACCAAGAGAAGAGCUGGUUAAACGAGGGGUUCUGUUGGAGGACCCCGAGCAGGAUGGUGAGGAUCCAGGAAAGCUGAGCCAUGCUGCAUUAAAGAAUGGACACACCACCCCCAUAGGCAGUGCCAGGUCCUCUAGCCCAGUCCUAGUAGAAGAAGAGCCAGAGAGAAGUUUCAGGAAUCUCACUCCAGAAGAGGAUUCAAAGAAGAGACUUGGCUCAACUGGAAGCCAGCCUAACUCUGAAGCCGAGCCUGGCCCUGAACAUGCACCUAAGCAGCCUCUGCUGCCCCCCAAGAGACCCUUGUCCUCUUCUUGUGAAGCAAAUGAGGGACAAGCAAAGGAGGUUCCGGCUGGCAGUACAGCAAGGUCUGUCUCCUCCACGUCUGGCUCUACCACCGUGACAUCUGCUGCCACCACUGCUGCCACAGACAUGACAAAGACUGUUAAGUCCUUUGUGGGCCCCACCCCCGCUCCUGCCCCCGCUCCCAGGACUCUGCCUGCUGCUCCUGCCAGUGCUAACAGUGCUGCCACCACUACAGCCCCUGCCAAGCAACCCCCCAUCCCACCCCCUAAACCAGCUCAGAGGAACAGCAACCCCAUCAUUGCUGAACUAUCCCAAGCAAUGAACAGUGGCACACUGCUGUCGAAACCAUCCCCACCCUUGCCACCCAAGAGAGGCAUUCCAUCAACUUCGGUACCCAGCUUGGAGCCUGCUGCUUCGUUCACAACUAAGACAGCAAAUGAUCAAAGAGAAAAAACUGUUUCUUUGUGUUUGGAACCACCACUGAUAAUCCCGCCUUCGUCCCCAUCACCCCCACUGCCUACCCACAUACCUCCCGAGCCUCCACGGUCCCCUCUAGUGCCUGCUAAGACUUUUCAAAUUGUGCCAGAGGUUGAGUUCUCCUCUUCAGAUCUAUUCCAGGACAUUUCCCAGCAGGAGGAUCAGAAAACAGAAGUCCCCAAGAAGAUACAGGGCCAGAGCUUUGGGGAGUCCCAUAUACCCUCCAGGCUGCCCCCACUCCCGCUGCAUAUCCGAAUUCAGCAGGCCCUUACCAGCCCCCUUCCUGUGACCCCUCCCUUGGAAGGCACUCACAGAGCCCAUUCACUGCUCUUUGAGAGCAGUGACAGCUUCUCCGAGGACACUGGUACCCUGGGUCGCACCAGGUCACUUCCCAUCACGAUUGAGAUGUUGAAAGUUCCAGAUGAUGAAGAGGAAGAGCAGACCUGCCCAUUUGUUGAAGAUGUGACGUCUACCUCAGCCACUCCUGUCCUACCACUGUGUCUGCAAGAGGAAGAGAAGGAGAGCGACUCAGAUUCAGAGGGUCCCAUUCAGUAUCGAGAUGAAGAAGAAGAUGAUGAUGAUGAAAGCCAUCAGAGUGCCCUGGCCAACAGAGUGAAGAGGAAGGACACGCUGGCAAUGAAGCUGAGCAGCAGACCCAGUGAACCAGAGACCAACCUGAAUUCUUGGCCUCGUAAAAGCAAGGAGGAGUGGAAUGAAAUACGGCACCAGAUCGGGAACACGCUGAUCCGGCGACUGAGUCAGAGACCAACAGCAGAAGAAUUGGAGCAGCGGAACAUACUACAGCCUAAAAAUGAAGCUGAUCGGCAGGCAGAGAAACGGGAAAUCAAGCGUCGCCUCACUAGAAAGCUCAGUCAAAGGCCAACUGUGGCUGAGCUGCUUGCCAGGAAGAUUCUGCGGUUUAACGAGUAUGUAGAAGUAACAGAUGCUCAUGACUAUGACCGGCGAGCAGACAAACCAUGGACCAAACUGACUCCUGCUGACAAGGUAACUCAAAUGUCACACACUCUCUUAGAGUUUCCCUGUUCCUUGAGAUGGAGAUAGAAUGUUUUUUUAAAACACUUAUUUUAUGUGUGCGAGUAUUUUGCUGGCGUGUAUAUCAGUACAGAGGCAAGAAGAGGGAAGCCGACCAUCUGGACUUGAGUUAACAGGCAGUUGUGAGCCAUCUUGUGGAUGCUGGAAACUGAACCUGGGUCCUCUGGAAGAAGAGCCAGUGCUUUUAACUGCCAGGCCAUCUCUCUAGCCUCCAUAAGAUAUAUUAUUAACAGCCACAAUUGGAGGAAAUACGGUGUUAUAUUUGAGUAAUUA